UAAAAAUCACAAUAGAAUAUAUCAACAGAAAGUUUCAUUAUCUUUUUUCUUGAGAGAAGUAUUAGUGAAAAUGAGAUUCAUAUUAGGGUUUUUGGGGUUUAUGCUUUUGAAUGGGCUGGCUUAUGGCAGGACUCAUUACUAUGAUUUUGUUCUAAAAGAAGCAACCUUUACAAGGUUGUGUACCACCAAAACUAUGCUCACUGUAAAUGGAAGCUUCCCUGGACCAACAAUACAAGUUCAUAGAGGGGAUAAAGUUUAUGUUAAUGUUCAUAAUCAAGGAAAUUAUGGUGUUACAAUUCAUUGGCAUGGAGUGAAGCAACCAAGGAAUCCAUGGUCAGACGGCCCUGAAAACAUCACACAAUGCCCAAUUAAACCAGGAACGAACUUCACACAUGAGGUCAUACUUUCAGACGAAGAAGGAACUCUAUGGUGGCAUGCACAUAGCGAUUGGUCUCGAGCCACCGUCCACGGCGCCUUCAUCAUUUUGCCUGCCGUUGGCACCAUUUAUCCAUUCCCUACGCCUUUUGCACAACAAACAAUUGUCAUUGCUUCCUGGUAUAAGGGAGAUCUAAAAACAAUAAUUGACGAAGCACUUGCCGUUGGUCGAGCUCCAAACUUGUCUAAUGCUCAUACCAUCAAUGGCCAACCUGGUGAUCUAUAUCCAUGCUCUAAAGAAUCGACAUACCGUUUGCUUGUUGAACAAGGAAAGACCUAUCUUCUCCGCAUAAUCAAUGCAGUAAUGAACGAAGAACAGUUCUUUGGAAUUGCAAACCACAAACUAACAGUUGUAGGACAAGAUGGUGCAUACAUUAAACCAGUAACUACAGAUUAUAUAAUGAUAACUCCAGGCCAAACAAUGGACGUUUUGGUCACAACAAACCAAUCACCUAAUUACUAUUACAUGGCUUCUUCUCCUUUCAUUGAUAGUAUUGUCGCCGGAGACAAUACCACCACUACAGCAAUUCUCCAAUACAAAGGAAAUUAUAGUCGUCCCUCUAAUAUUUCAUUCCCAAACCUACCUAGCGUUGCUGAUGAAGCUGCUACUGCGAAUUUUACUAAUCAAAUAAAGAGCUUAGUUAGCAAAUCUCACCCUAUUAAUGUCCCUAAAAAUAUUACCCAACACCUUUAUAUAGCAAUUGCUAUCAACCAAAUACCUUGCCCUGAAAAUGAAACUUGCCAAGGACCAAACGGUAACAUUAUAGCAGCAAGCUUGAACAAUGUUAGUUUUGAGAGUCCAAAGAUUGACAUAUUGCAAGCAUACUACAGGAGCUUGAGUGGGGUUUUUGACAGAGAUUUUCCAAGUUUUCCUCCAAAUUUCUAUAACUUUACUGGAAAUAUGACGGGUAUUUCAGCAUUUACAGCCACUGGGACGAAGGUGAAGAUGCUGAACUAUGGAGAUGCAGUUGAGAUAGUUUUCCAAGGGACUAACAUGGGUGCUGCAGAGAAUCAUCCAAUGCAUUUGCAUGGCUAUAGCUUCUAUGUGGUUGGGACUGGCUCAGGAAAUUUCAAUAACAAGACUGAUCCCAAGUCUUAUAAUUUGAUUGAUCCACCACUGGUCAACACUGUUGGAGUUCCAAAGAAUGGCUGGACUGCCAUCAGAUUCAUUGCCAAUAACCCUGGAGUAUGGUUUAUCCACUGUCACUUGGAGAGGCACGCAAGCUGGGGAAUGGAUACAGUUCUGAUAGUGAAGAAUGGCAAAACAAAGGCAACAAGUAUCCGUAGUCCUCCUGCACACAUGCCUUCCUGUUCAUAGGCUUGCAAACAGCAAUGGUCAUAAUUAAGUUUAAUUUUCAAAUAUUCAACUGUUGAUGUUCUUUAUUAAUUCCAUUGUUUCUUUUGCAAUUACAGCCCCUUUGUUCUUUAUUUGUUUUGCAACUGUAACGAUACCAUUAAAAAAUCUUGGAUUUUUUAAUUUAAAGAGAAUAAAAUUGGAUAAAAUAAAAUUUUCAUAUUCA